GAUGGCUACCAUUUUUGGAUGGAAGAAGAAAAUACCUCACGACUUGUCACGGAAAAGAGCUUCAGCUUUCGAUGAUAACGAAGUACGAGACGACGCUAUAAAGGAGGAAUCUGCUGAGCAACUUUUAUUGCCUGCAAAACGAUUACAUAGCGAGGACGACAAUGAAACAGCUUGCAAGAUUAGCAAAUGUUUGCUUGAUGAGGGAGCUUCGUUGGCAGAACAAGCUCGAUUCUCUGAAGCUGUUAAGAAAUGGAAUGAGGCCCUUAUCCUAACGCCAGAUGAUGAGAAACUUCACGAGAUGAAAUCACAGAUAUUUUUACAGCUGGAUAAAACAUUUGAAGCAAUAAAAUGUGCAGAAAAAGCUGUAGAACUCAAACCAACAUGGCCAGCUGCUCAUCAAGCACUGGGACGAGCACAGUUAAAGUUUGGAGAAUUUGAUUUGGCAGUGAAAAGCUUUUCCAAAGCAGUACACUUGCAGCCUGAUGAUUCAGAGCUGUGGAAUGAAGAUCUCUUAUGGUCUGUUGGGAUACGAGAAAAAGCAAAAGAACACGACAGACAGCUUGAAUUAUAAUGAAGAAGGCACACUACAUCUUGUAGUUUUGCUGCUGCCAUGCAGUGCUGGUCUAUUCUCUGCCAUCAAUGUGAAUUAUGAUAAAGAGACAAAUAUACCAGCCUGAUAUAUCAUGACAGGACUGCUAACAAAUGCCGCCUACAUGUAGGUU